UACUACACCGUCCUCCCAUGGCGUUCUCUACGUGCUCCGUCUUCCUCUCUCUCUUCCUCCUCUUCCUCUCUGCAUCUGUCUCCCUCGCCGAGAUCCGAUUCAUGGAGGUAAGAUUUGACAACCGACCGAUUAUUCCCUUCGACGAGUUUGGAUUCACCCUCACGGGUCGUCUGGAGGUCAACGUCUCCAAGAUCUCCCUCUCCGCCACGAAUCUCGAUCUCACAAAGGUCGGAUUCUUCCUCUGCACCCGGGACUCUUGGAUGCACGUGCUCCAGCAGCUGGAGGACGGCGAUGUCUCGUGCGCCCUCCUCUCCAAACUUGUCAAGCUUGUCUACACAUUCGAUAAGCUCAAAGACGCGAAAGGCUUUAGCAUCGUAUUCAGUGAGACCGACGCUGAUCAGUUCACGUUCGUCUUCGCCAACUGCCUCCAGAGCCAGCUCUCGGUCUCCAUGGACGUCAGGUCGGCGAUGUACAAUCUUGACGGAGCAUACAGUCGCCGGGACUACCUUCCCGCUGGGAAGACCAUUCUCCCGAGGAUUUACUUCCUCUUUUCUCUGGUCUAUUUCCCUCUCGCCGGCCUUUGGGUCUCCGUUCUGUACAAGAAGCGGUUGACAGUGUUCGGUAUUCAUUUCUUCAUGCUUGCCGUUCUGAUCCUCAAAGCUUUGAAUCUGCUCUGCGAAGCCGAGGAAAAAUCGUUCAUCAAGCGCACCGGUAGCGCGCACGGAUGGGACGUGUUGUUCUAUAUAUUCAGUUUCUUGAACGGAAUUGCUCUCUUUACUCUCAUUGUUCUGAUAGGCACGGGCUGGUCGUUUUUGAAGCCCUAUUUGCAGGACAAGGAGAAGAAGGUCUUGAUGAUUGUGAUCCCGCUUCAGGUCGUGGCGAACAUUGCUCAAGUCGCUAUCGACAAGAGCGGGCCGUUCGCGCAGGAUUGGGUCACCUGGAAUCAGGUGUUCUUGCUGGUCGAUGUGGUUUGCUGCUGCGCGGUGUUGUUCCCUAUCGUGUGGUCGAUCAAGAACCUGCGCAAGGAGGCGAGGACCGACGGCAAGGCGGCGGCGGUUAAUUUGACCUUGUUUAGGCAGUAUUUCGUCGGGGUGAUUUGCUACAUUUGUUUUACCCGCGUUGUGGUGCGUGUACUAGAGACUAACACUUCGUAUCGAUAUCUUUGGACGAAUGUCGUGGCUGCAGAGUUGGCGACGCUGGCGUUCUAUGUGUUCACCGGGUACAAGUUCAAACCCGAGGCACACAACCCGUACUUUGUGGUCGAUGAUGAGGAGGAGGCAGCAGUUGAUUAGGCGCUGAAGCUUGAGGAUGAGUUCAAAUUGUGAGCGUUAACAAGGAAGAUUUUUGGAGCUGGAGCAGUAAUCAAUUUGGGGAGUUGAGGUAGAAACUUCAAACUAUUACAAAAUGGCUAUUGUUAAAUUUGAGUACUACAGAAAUUGUCAGGAUAUAAAAUUUGUGUUUUCUUUUGUUGCU